CUUACAUACGUGAAGUGUAAUUUAAUAGCGUUUCCUCACCUGGACUGAAAUCAUCUGGUUUUUUCAUACGUAGUACUUUUCACAUUCAUAUAGUGCUCUUCUCUUCUUCUUAAUUAUUACGUAGAUCGGAAUUCUCUUUUCCCAGUGGACAAGAAACCUGAAAAGAAAUUAUUGCAAAAAUGGAUUUGGACAGCAGUCAUCCAAACAAAGAGAAUCCUCAUCAAGCCGUUAUACUUCCUCAGAUUGUGGCGAACAUUGUCACCUUCCUUCCAAAAUCCGACCUCAUCUCGUGCACAUUGAUCAACUCCACGUGGGAAGACGAAGCCAGACUACCUCUCCUCUUCCUAUCCCAGUUUAUCCUCGACGCACAGAAUAUCGCCCACCACGAGGAAAUUUCUACCGUUCGGGGAAACUCUGCCAGAAACAUUGUGGUCUCCGAAUUCCCCAAUUUAUCUCGGGAAGGCCCCUGUGGAAAUUUUUUUUCUACCCAUGGCCACAAAGUGAAACGAUUGGAGACUCGAUUACUCCAACCAGAUGUCAAAUGGUCCCAAUUUUUUGAAAUCUUGUCAAACACAUUCCCCAAUCUGACCGCGGUCACGUUAUUUAUCGACCAUACCACACCGAACUAUACCGAAUUCCCCCCAAAAAUAGCGGUCUUCUCGAAGGUUAAACAACUAGCAAUCUACAUGCCCUCAAACUUCAUGGACGAGGAUAGAAUUCGUCAAUCCGUGGUGGAAUCCUUUCUCAAUUUCGCCCCCACGCUGACCUCCUUGACCUUGAUCAACAUCCCGUUAGUUGGCCCAAUCCGAGAAAACACUGUAAAGCUGACCCGGCUAGAAAUCGGGCAUGACUUCAUCUACAACCUUUUGCCACCAAGUAUAACCGCCAUGCUGAAAAUGUCAUCUGCAACGCUGGUAAAUCUGAGAUUCAGCCGGGUAUCAAAUAUUGAGCCUUCCGUGGUACGAAAUUACGAACAAUUACUCAUAUUGUUCCCAAUCUUGCCGAAAUUGCGGGUUUUUGAACUUGUGCACAAUGAUUUCUCGACCCGGCUUGGCGGGACAAUGGUCACACGUGCCAUAAAUCUAACAUUUGAAAAUGGUAGUGCAGUAACGAAGUUACCUUAUGCCGAGCAGUUCCCUGUUCUGGAAACCUUACGGGUUUUGAAGGGGGUCUCUUCUCAAAAUGACAAAUUGACGGAGCAACAAUUUUUUGAGGCGAGCGUGUCGUUUUUGUACAAUUCGUUCCUCCAUCCGAGCAAUACGCCGUGUUUAAGUUUGAGAGAUUUGGCCAUUCCGGACCCAGAGGGAGAGGAAAUUUUUAAGUUUUUUAACGUUUUGGAAUGUGUGUGCGAAAAGGGGUUUUAUCACGGGGAGUGUUUUGUGUUGAAGGACCCCUCAGAAGUUUUGGAACGAGCUGUGUUUCCAAAUUGGACACAUUAAUUUGUAGAAAAAGGAUGAGGGGGUAGUGAACGUGAAGGAGCGGGCGCAGAUUUAAGGGAAAAGCUUUGAUUUCAUUUUUUGGACGUGAGGGAUCUGUUAGAAAGGUCGCAAAUUGUUAAAUGUCGUCGAGAAUUUACAUAAUUAUUUUCUAAACAAAUAUAUGAACUUUUAAUGAUAAUGAGAAUUUGCAUGACAUGAUAAAUAUUAAAUUUUGUAUGGGUUUGAGACUGGAGACCGGUAGGGAAAUUUGAACUGGCUCCAGUCUGCCUGCUGAUAAUUGAGUUUUGUUCACAUUUUUAUCUUUUACAAUUUGUAUUUUUCUAAAGUUUUGACCUCUCCUCUCCUCCUCUUUAAAUUAAAUUAAAUUUCAAGGUGUUCUUUUGUGAUUGGUCGAGAGGAGAAGAGGAGGAAGUGCUUUGUAAAGUUAGCGUCGCUUUUUCGUGUGAUAUUCGUGCACAAUUGUGAAAAUUAAGACAGUGUCCCUCCAGCUACGAGAAUAACAGCACGAUUUCUCCACUCGUCUCUCUAACACUCAAAAUUUGUAAUUGGCUUUUGUGUGUAAAAUAAAAUGACACCAACCCAG